UGGGGUCCUUUGUGACUGGUGUCGCAGGAAGUAGCUUGUGUGUGUGAGCGGCGUGAGAGUAUCUGCCACCAUGGACACAGACUUGUAUGAUGAGUUUGGUAACUACAUUGGGCCUGAGCUUGAUUCUGAUGAUGACAAUGAUGAUGACGAUAUGAGAGAUGAUGGUGAUGCUGAUGUGGCAGAUGAUGAUGACGAGGAGGAAUACAUGGGAGACCAUGAUGAUGAUAGAACAGGAAUGGAUGUUGUUCUCCAUGAAGACAAAAAAUACUACCCAACUGCAGAAGAGGUGUAUGGGCCUGAAGUGGAGACUAUUGUACAGGAAGAAGAUACCCAGCCACUUACUGAGCCUAUUAUUAAACCAGUGAAGGCAAAAAAAUUCUCUAUGAUGGAGCAGGGUCUUCCUGCCACUGUGUAUAAGAUGGACUUUUUAGCAGAUCUCAUGGAUAAUCCUGAGCUCAUUCGGAAUGUGACACUUUGUGGCCACCUACACCAUGGAAAGACCUGCUUUGUUGACUGUUUAAUUGAACAAACACACCCAGAAAUUCGCAAACGUCAUGACCAGGAUCUCUGCUACACAGAUAUACUCUUUACAGAGCAAGAGAGAGGGGUUGGCAUGAAGAGUACACCCGUGACCGUUGUACUUCCAGACACAAAGGAAAAAUCGUACCUGUUCAACAUCAUGGACACCCCUGGUCACGUAAAUUUUUCUGAUGAAGUCACAGCCGGGUUACGCAUCUCUGAUGGGGUGGUAUUAUUCAUUGAUGCAGCCGAAGGGGUAAUGUUGAACACAGAGCGUCUGAUUAAGCAUGCAGUGCAGGAAAGCUUGGCAGUUACAGUAUGUAUCAACAAGAUAGAUCGGUUGAUUCUUGAACUCAAGCUUCCUCCAACUGAUGCCUAUUACAAGUUGCGGCAUAUAGUGGAUGAGGUUAAUGGCCUCCUAAGCAUGUAUUCCACGGAUGAGAAUUUAAUUCUUUCUCCUCUACUGGGGAAUGUCUGCUUUGCCAGUUCCCAGUACAGCAUUUGCUUUACACUUGGAUCAUUUGCAAAAAUAUAUGCAGAUACCUUUGGUGACAUCAAUUAUCAGGAGUUUGCUAAACGCCUGUGGGGAGACAUCUACUUCAAUCCAAAAACACGUAAAUUCACAAAAAAAGCCCCUACGAGCAGUUCCCAAAGAAGCUUUGUGGAGUUCGUCUUGGAGCCACUCUACAAGAUUCUAGCUCAGGUGGUGGGAGAUGUAGAUACUAGUCUUCCUCAGACUCUGGAGGAACUUGGGAUACAUCUCACGAAGGAGGAACUAAAACUGAACAUCCGUCCUCUGUUGAGGCUGGUUUGUAACCGCUUCUUUGGAGAGUUCACAGGCUUUGUGGAUAUGUGUGUUCAGCACAUCCCAUCCCCUAAAGCUGGUGCUAGAGCCAAGAUUGAGCACAAUUACACAGGUGGCAUUGAUUCAGAGCUAGGGGAAGCUAUGGCAGAGUGUGAUCCUGAUGGUCCACUGAUGUGUCACACCACCAAGAUGUACAGUACGGAUGACGGAGUUCAAUUUCAUGCAUUUGGAAGAGUACUGAGUGGCACUAUACAUGCUGGACAGCCAGUCAAGGUUUUGGGUGAAAACUACACCCUGGAAGAUGAAGAAGACUCUCAAAUCUGCACUGUGGGAAGGCUUUGGGUGUCUGUAGCCCGGUAUCAUAUUGAGGUAAACAGAGUGCCUGCUGGAAACUGGGUAUUGAUAGAGGGAGUUGAUCAGCCCAUUGUAAAGACAGCAACCAUUACUGAACCAAGGGGCAAUGAGGAGGCUCAGAUCUUUCGGCCACUAAAGUUUAACACCACAUCUGUCAUUAAAAUUGCUGUAGAACCUGUUAACCCUUCAGAACUGCCCAAAAUGUUGGAUGGGCUAAGGAAAGUAAACAAGAGCUACCCCUCUCUCACAACCAAGGUGGAGGAAUCUGGGGAACACGUUAUUUUGGGCACAGGGGAGCUGUAUCUGGACUGUGUCAUGCACGACCUGAGGAAAAUGUAUUCAGAGAUUGACAUAAAGGUGGCAGAUCCUGUGGUUACAUUUUGCGAAACUGUUGUGGAAACCUCAUCCCUAAAGUGCUUUGCAGAGACACCAAAUAAAAAAAACAAAAUUACAAUGAUUGCAGAGCCUCUAGAGAAAGGUCUGGCUGAAGACAUUGAGAAUGAGGUGGUACAGAUAUCUUGGAAUAGGAAGAAGCUGGGUGAAUUUUUCCAGACCAAGUAUGAUUGGGAUUUGUUGGCUGCUCGUUCUAUAUGGGCCUUUGGACCAGACACCACUGGACCCAACAUCCUUGUGGAUGACACUUUGCCUUCUGAGGUCGAUAAAGCACUACUUGGAUCUGUUAAGGACAGUAUUGUACAAGGAUUUCAGUGGGGAACACGAGAAGGACCUCUGUGUGAUGAAUUAAUCCGGAACGUGAAGUUUAAGAUACUGGAUGCUGUGAUUGCCCAGGAGCCGCUGCACCGUGGUGGGGGGCAGAUUAUCCCUACAGCUCGCAGGGUAGUAUACUCUGCUUUUUUGAUGGCUACUCCUCGUCUCAUGGAACCUUAUUACUUUGUGGAAGUUCAAGCUCCUGCUGACUGUGUCUCUGCUGUAUAUACUGUUCUUGCCAGGCGGAGAGGCCACGUCACCCAAGAUGCUCCAAUACCUGGGUCUCCUCUGUAUACAAUCAAAGCUUUCAUCCCGGCUAUUGACUCAUUUGGGUUUGAGACUGACCUGCGCACACACACCCAAGGGCAGGCUUUCUCACUUUCAGUCUUCCAUCACUGGCAGAUUGUGCCUGGAGAUCCCCUAGAUAAGAGUAUAAUAAUCAGGCCAUUGGAACCACAGCCAGCACCACACCUUGCCCGAGAGUUUAUGAUAAAGACAAGACGUAGGAAGGGUUUAAGUGAAGAUGUGAGUAUCAGCAAGUUUUUCGAUGACCCUAUGUUGCUGGAACUUGCCAAGCAAGAUGUGGUAUUAAAUUACCCCAUGUAAGUGGGACUAUUGAACAACUGGACGCUUGCUUCUUUCUCGUACAUCAAUCACGCAGCAGGAUUAUUUACAUCUUACUAAAUAUGUGACUCUCAUAGCAUUUCAAAAACAAAAGUCCUAGAAGAUCGAUUGUUUUUUAUCCUGCUGUACUUGAUAUUCUCAAUAUGAAAGUCUGGAUUUGUAAAUAUUGUUUAUUUUUUACAUUUUAAAAUAAGCUUUGCUAUAACAUCAUUAGCUUUAGACAUAUGUAGUCUGUGUGGGAAAUACUAUGAAUAGGGUUGACUUUCAACUCCUUUAACAAAUAAUAUUGCUUUUAAAUCUUUGAAAUGGGGUUACAUUUGAACAAAUUAAGUAUUUUAUCUUUUUUCAAAAAAUAUUCAAAAUAAAACACACGCACACACACAUAAGAUAUAUAUAUAUAUAUAUAUCUGAAUCACCAGUUUCAUUUUAAAAACAACUAAAACUACAACAAAAUAUCUUCAAUAUGGAAACAAAUUUAAAAAAAAAUAUAUGUGGACAUUUAAUGGUGGCAAGUGAAACUUAAAUCUGAAGUCAGGUAGCAUGUUGCAAGUAGCAAAGUUGGAAUAUUGUGCAGCACUGACAAACAUGCAUUUUGUGCUACUUGCUAAAACUAUUAUCUAAAGGGGUAUUAUAUAGCCAUGAAAAUGCAAGGAUAUGUUAUUCCUCUAGGGCUGUAGGGACCCUAUUAGUGCUUAGACUGUUACUUCCGAGAGGAUAAACUGAGCAGAUAGAGAGAUUGAAGAGGCAAAGUUAAAGCGGAGAAGGUAGAGUUAAGAGAUAAUGGAGAAAAAAAAAGAGUGAAGAGAUAUGAGAGAGGGGAGAGUGUGAAGAAAAGAUAUGGCCUGAGAGAGAAGGGAGAGGGUAAAAAUAGACUAAAGAGAGGAGGGAUUGGAGAAAGAAAUCUUCUGCUAUGACCUUCCAUGACUGUCAGCACUCUUCAACAACUUCUUUUUUCUAUCCAUCUGUUGUUUUCCCCAGAACCUGAUGUUUCUAACUGCUAUGAACUUAUGAUUGUUAGUGGGUGGGAUUAGAAGUGGUGAUUUUGUCCUGGAUAGUAGCUUAGGAACCUAUAGCUCAUUGAGUACUAAGAUGCUAGUGAUAGUUCAUGCUGCACACAAGAUUAAUUGUCAAUCCGUUACUGAUGAGGAAAAUACAAUAUUCAGUUCUCUGUGUGAGCUCUUCAUUUGUCUCCCUCACAGUCGAUUGUUUUUUCCUCAGCUUGACGCUGUCUGUAUUCUUUGUACAUGGUGUAGGUGGUUCCUGCAGGUAAACACAUUUCAAGAAUCAAAUAUAAACAUCCACACAGACAGUUCUACAAACUAAAAUACUCCACCGUAGUAUAUUUAUGCACCAGGGCACAGAGAUGUAUUGCAAAAUAACAACUAUGCAUUUGAGACUGACAGUAUAUUAAUAUGUUUACACACAUCACCCAAAUAUAUAUACUUUAGCACAGUGGUAUACGCCAUACAGUAAUAUAUUUACACACGCAUCCAUCCUGGUACCCACUGGGAUGUGCCUCGGAUAGAUGUUCAGACUGAUUAAAUAUUUGAAGUAAAAAAAAAAAAAAAAACAUGAACUGCAGUUGCACAAUAUAUGGUUCUUAUGUUUUGGAUUUUACCCCUUAGCCAUGUGAAUUAAUAGUACAUACAAAAAAUGCUUCAACUUAAACCUUCCAAUAGUCACUAUCUAUUAAUCAAAUGUUAACCCUAUUAUACACUUUGAAAGGUCAAUACUUUUAGUAUUACCACGACCGAAUAAUAGGAUGACACCAAUGCCACUACCCAUUAAUUGAUAGCGCCACCCAAUAAGAUAAUUCAUUUAACAUGUUUUUUUAUUACAUAAUAACCUAAAUACAAAGCCUUACUAUAGUAUAUAUAACAUGUUUAGAUAGCCAUCAGAUCACACCCUAUCUCUCUUACAAGAAAAAUAUGGACCAAUCUGAUUCAUAAUUCAUACCUUUAAACUGAAGAGUAUCCAACUUAAAAAUCCAGAAAUACUUUUUUCCCUUUUUACCACUCCUUGGCCUUCUAAUUUGUUCAAUAACCUGAAAUUGCAUCUUUGAGAGAUUACAUGCUGCUGUAAUAAAAUUAUUAACAACCAGGCCAUCUAGAUUUUUGUUCCUAUUACUUGAUCUAUGCUCAGUCAUUCUUUCAUGAACUUUGUGGACCAUCUCACCAACAUAUGACAGUGCACAAGGGUAUUUAAUCAAGUAAACUGCAAAAUCUGUAUAAUAGGUAUAUGCUACAUUUCUUGCCUGUUCUAUUAUUUAAAGCUUGAAAAUCUUGCUUCCACAAUUAAAACAUCCUAAGCAGGGAAACGGCCUUUAUUUACUAUAGUGUCCAAACUCUCUGUUUUAGUUGAUUUCAUAUCCGCACUUAUUAAUGUAUCCCUUAUCGAGGAUACCUGUCUACUGAUGGGCAUUAGUUUCUGCUGAAAAUAUUGGGAUUAUAUUCCCUAAGGUUAUGCCAAUGUCUAAUGUUUUAUGGAUUUUGUUAUAAAAUAAUAAUAAAUAAUAAAAUAUUUUGACAUAAAAACAA